UUCCUCGGUGCCAAGAGUCAAUACUAUCGUCAGCUUCAGGCAUUCUUUUCAUUUUCAAAUCCAGCUCCAUAUACGCUUUCUUUGAGCAUUGAACUCAGGAGACGCUCACUUGAUCGAGAAGUAAAUAUAUUCCGGCAUAAUGUCACUCCUGCACCCGUGAGAUGGGCGAAUCGAGAACGCAGCUGCAGUUUCUGCUAUGAUGUUCUUGGAAGCUGUGAUUGA